ACAUCGGCAAGGUGUCAAACAAAUGUUGAUCCUGCUAACCGGGGGAAGGUCUUUUGACAAUGUUGACGCCCCAGCCUCUGCUCUCAAACAGCAGGGCGUCUUUGUGAUUGGUAUUGGAACAAGGACCUCUGACAGUAGAGAGCUGCAGAAGUUAUCAUAUGAGCCUACUUAUGCGCUAUCAGUCUCUGAAUUCACCGACCUCCCUAGUGUCCAAGCACAACUCUCCUCUGUCAUGAGCACAGCGCUAGCAAGGGUUACACCUUUGCCACCAACGGUGACGGUGGUGAGACAGCAGCCAGCAGGAAGGGAUGUGGUGUUCUUGCUGGAUGGAUCUGACGGCACUAGAACUGGCUUCCCAGCAAUGCGAGACUUUGUCCAAAGGGUAGUAGAGACACUCAGUGUAGAUGACAACAAAGACCGUGUCUCAGUGGUUCAGUACAGCAGGGAUCCAGCUGUCCAGUUCUAUUUGAACACGUACGCGACAAAAGGAGAGAUCCUUGAUGCUGUCAGGGGCUUGAGGCACAAAGGCGGAAGACCCCUCAAUACGGGAGCAGCUCUCCAGUACUUGAGGGAUAACGUUUUCACUUCCUCUGCUGGAAGCAGGCGGCCGGAAGGAGUUCCCCAGGUCCUAGUAUUGCUGAGUGGCGGAAAAUCAUUCGACAUUGUUGACGCACCAGCCGCUGCCCUCAAACAGAUGGGCGUCUUGAUCUUUGCAAUUGGAAGUAGAGGCUCUGACAGCAGAGAAUUACAGAAAGUAUCCCACGAUCCCAAUUAUGCUCUGUCUGUGUCCGAAUUCACUGACCUUCCCAGUGUCCAACAGCAGCUUCAGGCCUCUGUGGAAGCUGUGGUUGUUGACGUCACCCCUGAGUCACCUACUGUACUCGUUGACACUGCCAAAAAGGAUAUUGUAUUCCUCCUCGAUGGUUCUGACGGCACAAGGAAUGGCUUCCCUGCCAUGCGGGAUUUUGUCGAAAAAGUGGUGGAAAAGCUCAAUGUGGGAGAAAACAAAGACCGUGUUUCUGUGGUCCAAUUCAGCAGAGAAGCUGAAGUCCAUUUCUAUCUAAACACGUACAAUACAAAAGAGGAUACUGUGGAUGCAAUCAGAGGGCUUAGACACAGAGGAGGAAGACCCCUAAACACCGGGGCAGCCCUCCAAUAUGUCAGGGACAAUGUCUUUACAGCCUCCUCGGGGAGUAGACAUCGGCAAGGUGUCAAACAAAUGUUGAUCCUGCUAACCGGGGGAAGGUCUUUUGACAAUGUUGACGCCCCAGCCUCUGCUCUCAAACAGCAGGGCGUCUUUGUGAUUGGUAUUGGAACAAGGACCUCUGACAGUAGAGAGCUGCAGAAGUUAUCAUAUGAGCCUACUUAUGCGCUAUCAGUCUCUGAAUUCACCGACCUCCCUAGUGUCCAAGCACAACUCUCCUCUGUCAUGAGCACAGCGCUAGCAAGGGUUACACCUUUGCCACCAACGGUGACGGCGGAAUCACAAGGCCCAAGAAAAGACGUCGUCUUCCUUAUUGAUGGAUCUGAUGGUGUUGGGCGAGAAUUUGCUAUCAUCCAAGAGUUCAUCCGCAGAGUGGUCGAGAGCCUCAACGUGGGUGAAAACAAGAUCCGAAUUGGUGUGGUCCAAUAUGGUGACUCUGCCAAGGCUGACAUGCAUCUCAAUACCUAUACAACAAAAGAAGGAGUCCUAAACGGCAUCAGAGAAAUGAGACAGAUUGGAGGAAGACAACGGAACCUUGGCCAAGCAUUGCAGUUUCUCAGUCAGAACGUUAUGAUACCAGCACGAGGUAGCAGGAAGCAAGAAGGUGUGCCACAGUUUGCUAUCGUUGUGUCCAGUAGGCCCUCAACAGAUGAUAUCACUCGUCAAGCCUCUUCCCUCAAGCAAUCUGGAGUCAUCUCAUUCAGCAUUGGCACAAGGGAGAUCAACCCCACAGAACUAAAAGUAGUGUCAUAUGUCCCAAAUUUCUCCUUUACUGUUGAUGACCUCCCCGGCUUGUACAUAGUCCAAGAAAAUCUCAUCAACACAAUAACAGAGUUAUCAGACGAGGAUAUUGCAAAGUUGAGACCUCAAUUCCCAAUAUAUGAAGAAUUCACACCACCAGCAGCAACAGGAGAUAAGAGGGAUGUUGUCUUUCUGAUUGAUGGCUCUUCUGCAACACGGAGUGAGUUCCCAUCCGUCCGUGACAUGAUAAGACGAGUUGUGGAGCAGCUGGAUGUAGGACUGGACAGGGUCAGAGUCUCAGUUGUACAGUACAGCGACGAUCCGAAGCCAGAAUUCCUCCUCAACGAACACUCCACCAAAGCCGAAGUCCGGCAGGCUGUGAUGAAACUCAGAAGCAGCGGUGGAAAUCGCCUCAACACGGGCCGGGCUCUUGAAUGGGUCUCCAGGAACAUCUACCAGAGAUCUGCAGGAAGCCGCAUCGAGGAAGGCGUGCCUCAGUUCCUCAUUCUGGUCACAGGCGGCAGGUCUUCAGAUGAUGUGUCCACACAAGCCAACCAGUUAAAGAGAAAUCAGGUUGCACCCCUUGCCAUUGGUUCAAGAAACGCAGAUCUAAAUGAGCUGAGACAGAUUUCCUUAAAGCCAGAGCUUGUGUACUCUGUUGACACUUUUCAACAACUUCCAAGAGUGGAACCACAACUCAUUAAUUCAGUCCAAACAAUAUCCACCACUGACAUUAUCAGAAGUUAUAUUCCAACAGUCGAUAUAGCCACCCUAGAUCUUGGGAAAAAGGACAUCAUCUUCCUCAUUGAUGGCUCGGACACCACAGGUCCCAAUGGGAUUGCCCAUAUUCGAGACUUUAUCGUCAGCAUUGUCCAACAGCUAGAUGUGCAGCCUGAUAAAGUUCGUGUUGCUGUUGUCCAGUACGCAGACAGAGCUAAAACCGAGUUCUCACUCAAUACCCACAACAACAAGCAGGCUGUGCUGUCUGCUGUCAAACGCCUUCGUCAAAUGGGCGGACGCUCCUCUCAGCUGGCCAACGCCAUUGAUCAUGUCUUAGAGAACGAGGUCAAACCAUUGGCUGGCGUUCGUCUGUCUGACGCCUCCCAGCAUCUUGUGGUUCUCACAGGAGGACCGUCCUCCCAACCGGUUUCUAUCUCUGGACCGCUGCUGAAGAACAAGCGGGUGAACUGCAUUGGUGUUGGGACUGGCAACGCUGACAGAUCUCAGCUAAGUCAAAUUGCCACGUCGUCAGAAGAUGUUGUUACAGUGCCUACAUUCCCCAACUUACCGACAGCAAAAGACAAGGUUAUUUCCAGACUGAGAGGCUCCACAGGGACUGCUUUCCCCACAUAUGUUUAUCCAACGGAAGAUCUGCCACAACCCAAAAAGGCUGACAUAGUAUUCCUAAUGGAUGGAUCCAUCAACCUGGGCCAGAGCAACUUCAACAACGUCAGGGACUUCAUCAUGAAUCUUAUUGAUCUGUUCUACAACGAGAGAGACAACCUACGAAUCGGCCUUGCGCAGUAUGCCACAGAUGUGAGCGACGCCUUUUUCCUCAACACCUACAGCAACAGGGACAACGUCAUCGAAGCUAUCGGCAAGAUAGAAUACAAAGGCGGACGCAGAAUCAUGACAGGCGACGCCAUUCGCCACGUGCAAGACGUCCAUUUUAGCAAGCAGAGAGGCAGUAGGAAAGAUGAAGGUACUCCUCAGAUCCUCAUGCUUGUCACAGGAGGUCGCUCACAGGAUGACGGGAAGACGGCCGCGCUGGGCCUGAAGAACAAAGGUGUAAGGAUCUUCGCUGUUGGAGUGGGCGACAUUCAGGAUGAGCUGGAAAACCUUGCGAGUCAGUCGUCUACUGUGGCCCGAGCACAGACCUUCCAGGAGCUGUCAGAGCUCAAUGAACAAAUCCUGGAGGCUUUGGACGAUGAAGUGAAGGAGACAUAUUGCAUUGAAACACCACAAGCAGCCAAACCUUGCAAUGUCGAGGUGUUAGUUGGCUUUGAUGUGUCUGGCCAGAACAUCUUCAGCACGCAAAGUAACCUUCAGAGCAAGAUGAACACCAUUCUGCAGAGAAUUUCCAAAAUGGCCCCCAUCAGUUGCUCCGGAGGGCAGAACCCCUCCAUCCAGGUGGGCCUGCUGGCCUUGGACUCUGCCUCCAAGCCGGUCCAAAUCGACUUCAAGGACAACCCUGAUGAGCUGUUUGAGGCCUUCAGAGGCCUGCGGAGUCAGGGCCCCUUCAUCCUGAAUACUCAGACCAUCCAAGCCUACAUGAACCGGUUCCGAGUCAGACAAGCCGACACCAUCAAGGUCAUCAUUCAUCUGACGGACGGUCUUGAUGCUCCAUACGCUGAAAUGAAGAGACGAGUUGAGGAGCUACAUCGGUCGGGAGUCAACAGUUUCAUUCUGGUUGGGCUGGAGCGGGUGGAGCAGUUUGAAGAGGCUUUGCUGUUGGAAUUUGGCCGCGGCUUUAGGUACACAAGGCCCUUAAAACUCAACGUCAUGGACCUGGACUAUGAACUUAUGGAGGAACUGAGCAACAUCGCAGAGAGGGAGUGCUGUGGCGUUCCAUGCAAAUGUACUGGGAACCGAGGAGACCGAGGGGGCGUGGGCCUGCCUGGGAUUAAGGGCAGUCCGGGAUUACCAGGAAGCCCGGGACAUCCUGGUGAUGAGGGUGGACCAGGAGAAAGAGGUCCUCCUGGUGUUAACGGUACUCAGGGCUUCCAGGGAUGUCCUGGACAGAGAGGUGUCAAGGGAUCUCGUGGGUUCUCAGGAGAAAAGGGUGAAUUAGGAGAACUUGGACUUGAUGGCAUCAAUGGAGAAGAAGGGAAAAGUGGAGUUGCUGGACCUCCAGGUGACAGAGGAAACCCUGGCAGGAGAGGUGCUAAAGGAGCCAAAGGACAAGCAGGCGACAUAGGACAAAUGGGAAUCAGAGGAGACCCUGGGACAAGGGGGCGAGAUGACAACAGUCCGGGACCUAAAGGAGAGCGCGGUGAUAUCGGACCGCCGGGAGUUCCUGGUGAAGAUGGGUUGAAAGGAACCCCUGGCGAUCGUGGUAGACGGGGACUUGAUGGCAGAAGAGGCCAGCCAGGACAACCUGGAAACCGCGGGCUUCCUGGAGACAGAGGCCAGGCCGGGCAGCCUGGUAUCGCAGGCUCAAGAGGUGCAGCUGGACCAGUCGGUACACGAGGACCCAAAGGGGAAGAUGGCAACCCAGGACCCAGAGGUCCUGGAGGUAAUCCUGGCCCAAACGGAGAAAACGGAAGAAGAGGACCUCUAGGUCGCAAGGGAGAACCGGGAGAACCGGGACCCAAGGGUGUGAUUGGACCGGUUGGCCCCCACGGAGAGCCUGGUCAAGAUGGCAGAGAUGGAAUCGGUUCGAAGGGAGAAAAAGGAAGGAAGGGUGAUGAUGGUUUCCCAGGAUUCCCUGGACUCAAGGGUGCAGCCGGAGACCCUGGACCCCGCGGAGGACCCGGACCCAGAGGGAACCGUGGACAAAGAGGUGUCUCUGGGGAUGUUGGAUCACCUGGACAGAAGGGAGAAGUUGGAUAUUCUGGACCUUAUGGGGCCAAAGGACCAAGAGGACCAGGUGUUGUGCAAUGUGACCUGGUCAAGAAGAUCAGAGAUAACUGUCCUUGCUGUUAUGGUAAGCAGGAAUGUCCGCUGUACCCCACUGAGCUAGCCUUCGCGCUGGACGUCUCCCAGGCCGUAGACCGCCAGGUCUUCAACAACAUGCGGGACACGGCCGCCCUCCUGGUCAGGAACAUCACCAUCGCCGAGAGCAACUGUCCGAGAGGAGCUCGCGUCGCUCUCACCUUGUACAACAACGAGGUGAUCACCGAGUUCCGGUUUGCCGACUCCAUGAAGAAGCGGUCGCUGGUGGAUCACAUCGAGGGGCUGCAGAAACCGCGGUCCAGUAAGGAGGCCAGUCUGGACACGGCCAUGAGCUUUGUGGCCCAGAACACCUUCAAGAGAGUACGCAGCGGCUUCCUGAUGAGGAAGGUCGCCGUCUUCUUUGUUGGUCAUCGUGUCAGGCAGACCCAGAGAAUCACCAACGCCGCCCUUCGCCUUCACGAUGCUGGAAUCGCCACGCUGCUGCUGGUGAACAGCGAGAGCAGAGAGCUGAGCCGGGCAGUUCAGGUCAACAACACGGCGCUGGCCCAGGUCAUCGUCCUUCCCUCCCCGGGUAGCUCCCAGUACAAGUCUGUCUUCCAAAAGAUCUUGAGCUGCCACGUCUGCUACGAUUCUUGCUCUCCAGACCAGCUUUGUGACUAUCUGCCUCCGUCGGCCAGCCGCGAUCGGCGAUCUCUGACGUCUGAUGUGGACAUCGACAUGGCGUUCGUCAUAGACAGCUCCGAGUCGACCUUCCCGUCCACCUUCAUCGAGAUUAAACGAUAUAUCGCUCACAUCGUAGAGGCUCUUCACGUGUCUUCGGAUCCCACCGCCUCCGUCCAUCACGCCAGAGUGUCUGUCGUCCAGCAGGCUCCCUACGAGUUCAUGCACAACCGGACCGGCCAACCCAUCCGCGUGGACCUGGGCCUGACCGACCACGCCUCGGCUCAGGCCGUCGUCCGGUUCCUGCUGGACAAGACGGAGCAGCUGGAGGGCGGCCGCGCCCUGCCGGCGGCCAUCGAGGCAACCGUGGAUCAGGUGUUCGAGAAGGCGCCGCUGCAGCGCGACAGGAAGGUGAUGGUGUUGUUUGUGACCGGCAGCGUGGCGGAGGACGAGGAUCAGCUGGUCCGCAUCGCCAACGAGGUCAAAUGCAGAGGCUACUUCCUGGUGAUCUUCGGCGUGGGCGAGUCGGUGGGGCCCAGGGACGCUCACGUCCUGUCGCGCAUGGCGAGCGAACCCUCUGAUGUCUUCUUCAAGCGCCUCGACCUCAUUUCCCACUUUUAUGACAAACACAUCCAGACGUUUGGCCAGCUGUUUGCUAAGUAUAUCAGCUUUGAAAACCGACCUGAACAAUCUAAGACCUGUCAGUGGACGCAGAGCGACCAGCCGCUGAAGAGCCCCCUGCCACCUUCACAGCACCAGGAGAAACACCAGAAGCAUCAUGACGGCCACCAAGCAGUUCAUGAGAGAAAACUCAAUAACGCCGACGAGCUGCACGUCUCCAACGUCACCGCCAGCAGCUUCACGUUGCGGUGGAGCAACCCCGAACCCAAACUGCUGGUCUACUUUGAGGUGGUGGUGACCCGACUACAGGACCACACCCUGGUGGUGAAGACCAACGUUUCAGGCUCAGAGAUCGCGGUGUUCAACGUGGAGAGCUCUCAGACGUAUCACGCUGUGGUCACGGCGUACACAGCAGAGGGCCGGGUCGUCUCGGCCCGCAAGGGCAUCGUCACAACCAAAGCAGCCAGCCUCGGCAGCAGCACUGUAAAAACUACGCCGCUGGACAAACCGGAGCCUGCUAGUGGCCUGGCAGACCCCUGCUCACUUGACUUUGACCCGGGAAUGCCGUGCAAAGACUUUGAGGCUAAGUGGUUCUUUGACAGACAGAAUGGGUUCUGUGCAGAGUUCUGGUUUGGAGGUUGUGGAGGAAAUGAGAAUAGGUUCGACUCAGAAGAACUUUGCUUGAAAAACUGCAUGAGGUCAGCGCCGCAGCCUGAGCCAGAGGAGCAGCGAGGCGAACAGCUGGAGAUUCUUCCGGCUCCUGCUGCCAUUACGUCUGUGGACAUUUGCCAGCUUCCCAAAGAAGAAGGAAAAUGUGCAAAGUUUGUUCUGAAGUGGCAUUUUGAUGCCGCUAGCAGCAGCUGCAGCCGCUUCUGGUAUGGCGGCUGCGACGGGAACCAGAACCGCUUUGACACGUAUGAGCAGUGCAUGAAGGCGUGUGGAGCCGCAGCAGGGAACCCGGGGCUCCUGGCCGCAGUGAGAACAUAGGAGUGGCGCCUCAACCUCGUCUGCAGAAGCGAAGGGCCGCACUGUAAGGACGCCUUGCUGAAGCAAUGGUGGCAGCACUGGACUCAACACACAUGAACUUUGACCCCCGACUUCCUGAAGUAGUCUGUUUGACGACGAGAUGUAAGGAAGACAGUUCGCUGCGUGAAAACUUUAAUCUAUUGGUGCUAAACGAGUUGAAUAAAUGCAGCAGUUUGUCUCGAACCAUGAAGUAAAACAGCUUUUAAUGUUUCUAUGAUGGAUCUGUAAUGAAUCCAACAGCAGGACUUGAACCUCGGUGACUUUCUCCACUGCAGCGCCGCGCGGCUCUUUACAUGCUCGUCACCCAGAAACCCACCGCUCUGAUGUCCAGUUAAAGUCACUUCCAGAUCCGUUUCCUGCUACUUAAACAGAAUGUAACGUCACUCUGGUUUUUGGUUUUGUUUUGCUUUUCAUGAGGUUUGUCCGUCAGUCUGUCUGGGGGAAAUAAAAUGAAGUAGACUUUGUAAUAAA